CCGGCUCUGUCUCCCUGUUGCUGGGGGCGGGGUUGCAAUUGCAGGAUCCUGUUGUGCGAGUAGCAGGAGGAGACGUCACUGUAGAUCCGGAGAAAAAGAGAUUGAGGGCGAAGCUGGUGGGUCCCGGGCUGCACCUUUUGAUCUCUGUGCCCCUCUCUCCGCCAAGCCAGGCAGGGGAGAGCCAUGUUGUGAUGUGUCUGGACCAUGACCCUGCAGCUGCAGCACCGACCAGCCUAAUCAUCCGGCAGAGCGGGGGGAAAAGGCGCUGCACACCGGAGCCUCUUCCUACCCAGGCAGCUUUGUGUGCACCCGGCCUGCUUGGGGCUAUAUCUCCCGGGAGCGUUCGAGCUUGCGCCUCUGUCUCGUAGUCGUAUCCUUAGUUGCAGUUCUGUAUUUGAGCAAUUCACCAGAGCCCUGGAAAACACCUAAAGACACCUUUACACUGAAUAUCAUAUAUCUCAAAUAUGAAAAAAUUCAAGCGAAGGCUUUCACUCACAUUGAGAGGCAGCCAGACAAUUGACGAAUCGCUCUCAGAGCUGGCAGAACAAAUGACCAUUGAAGAAAAUAGCAGUAAAGAUAACGAGCCUAUUGUGAAGAAUGGCAGGCCUCCAACGUCUCACAGUAUGCACUCCUUCCUCCAUCAAUAUACAGGAUCCUUCAAGAAGCCUCCGCUGAGAAGACCCCAUAGUGUAAUAGGUGGAAGCCUCGGUUCGUUCAUGGCCAUGCCAAGGAAUGGGAGCAGACUAGAUAUAGUACAUGAAAACCUAAAGAUGGGAUCAGAUGGUGAAAGUGACCAAGCAUCUGGGACAUCAUCAGAUGAAGUUCAGUCACCAACAGGAGUGUGCCUCAGAAAUCGAAUACACAGGCGCAUUUCAAUGGAGGACCUGAACAAGAGGCUGUCACUUCCAGCUGAUAUUAGGAUACCUGAUGGAUAUUUGGAAAAGCUGCAAAUCAACAGUCCUCCGUUUGAUCAACCUAUGAGCAGAAGGUCACGUAGAGCAUCAUUAUCAGAAAUUGGCUUUGGCAAGAUGGAAACAUAUGUCAAAUUGGAAAAACUUGGAGAGGGUACAUACGCAACAGUAUUCAAAGGAAGAAGUAAAUUGACAGAAAACCUUGUUGCGCUAAAAGAAAUUCGAUUGGAACAUGAAGAAGGAGCACCUUGUACAGCUAUUAGAGAAGUAUCAUUACUAAAGGACCUAAAGCAUGCAAACAUUGUCACUUUACAUGAUAUUGUCCACACGGACAAAUCACUGACGCUUGUCUUCGAAUAUCUGGACAAAGAUUUAAAGCAGUAUAUGGAUGACUGUGGGAAUAUUAUGAGCAUACACAAUGUAAAGAUAUUUUUGUACCAAAUUCUGCGUGGCUUGGCUUACUGUCACAAAAGGAAAGUUCUUCACAGAGAUCUGAAACCACAGAACCUGCUAAUAAAUGAAAAAGGCGAAUUAAAAUUGGCUGAUUUUGGCUUGGCCAGAGCAAAAAGUGUUCCGACAAAAACCUAUUCCAAUGAGGUUGUGACAUUAUGGUACAGGCCUCCUGAUGUCCUGCUUGGGUCUUCUGAAUACUCCACUCAAAUUGAUAUGUGGGGCGUUGGCUGUAUAUUUUUUGAAAUGGCUUCAGGAAGGCCUCUGUUUCCUGGUUCUACAGUGGAAGAUGAACUUCACUUGAUAUUCCGGCUUUUAGGAACUCCAGCUGAAGAAACAUGGCCCGGAAUCUCUUCAAAUGAUGAAUUUAGGAACUACAAUUUUCCGAAGUACAAACCACAGCCUGUUAUCAACCAUGCACCAAGGUUAGACUCAGAGGGUAUUGAGUUAUUAACACGGUUUCUUCAGUAUGAAUCUAAAAAGAGGAUUUCUGCAGAAGAUGCAAUGAAACACGCUUACUUCCGAAGUCUAGGGACUAAAAUCCACAGUUUGCCAGAAAAUAUCUCAAUAUUCAGUCUUAAGGAUAUCCAAUUGCAAAAGGAUCCCGGUUUUCGAAAUUCUUCAUAUCCAGAGACAGGUCAUGGGAAGAACAGAAGGCAAAGCAUGCUAUUCUAAGACUUUCUAACUAUGUGGGGUCGUUGUUAUCAGAUGCUUUGGUGGUCUCGGGACUGCCCGCCUAUUCUGACCUACCUACAGUGGAGUUGUUUUAUUUCAGGCCUGCAAUUUUUUUUUUUUUUAUUAAAUAUUUGUUGUCACAGUGUGACAAAUAUUGUACAGUUGGUUUUAAGGUCUCCUCUGCUGUUAGAGCCAGUAGGUUACAGCUGUUGAUGUGACUAAAGCUGCAAUUCUUGUGCAGGACUGAAACAUAAAAUGUUAUUUAUUGCGGAAUCAUUGCUGCUAAAUGACUACUGUCUGGAUUUGUACCAUAACAAACAGCUGAACGCCUGAAGAAGUUGCAGUGGCUCAAUUAUCUGUGAAUGCAUCUGUUUCCCCCUCAGACAAAAUCUUUUAUCUUCCUUUCAUUUUUACUUUUUUUUUUUUUUUUUAUUAAACUGCAUUGUUCCCUUUACAUGUUACAUUUGCUUUGCUUAACCUCCAAAACUAGCGGACCACGUAGAAUGUUCCAUAAUUGGGUAAAUUAUUUUGUCCACUUUAAUCAUUCUUGGGACUUCACAAUUGACAAGAAUUGUAAAAAGUGAAGGGUUUUUUUCCACCCUGCAAGUAUGCAAAUUUCAGUUACCAAAUGAGUUGCCUUCCCUCAUUGCUAAUUUAUUAAUGUUUAAUGAAGGCAGUUUCUUUUAAGAGAACCACAGAGUGCCUCCUGCACUACGAGUGAAAGCCUUUUUCACUUGGUUAUGCAAGAAAGCAGAGGAAGCCUUGAUGUGCCCAGCCACAAAAUAUUUGAGUGAGAGAAUGCUCCCUUAGUAGAUAAUAGUAGAGAGUAUCGAUAGAAAAGUCAAAUAUACAUUCAGAUGUUCUAAUGAUAUGUACCCCAUUUUGAAUGUGAAGCACCAUAUGGUACAAAUACCUUUCAUUGUUGCCAUUUAAGACACCCUAAGUCAUUUUUCAUCACAUAUAUUUUUGAUUCUCUACCAUAUUCAUUAAAAGUAAUUCAGAAAAGGGACAGGCAACAUAUUAUAGAAGCGCAGUUCCCAGCAUUCUCUGUCUGGUAUGAACACUGCAACAAGAGGAUGGCAGAAGGUUGUCUAACCAUGCUUUAGAUUUAGAGUAUAUAAAAUGUUGUACAGCAACUAACAAACUGGUCAUUUUAUAAAAUCCUGGAGUAUUCUGUAUUGAAAUUUUACAGAGGUUUCCUUAACCCUAAAGAUGAAUUACUAAGGCAAUAAAAGAGUUUGAUAAUUUUGACUGCAUCAGUAAGUGGUAAGUCAGUCCGCUGCACACCAGCCUUGAGUGAGGACCAUUACACCAUCCCAGCACAUUGUCAUAGCCCAUCUAUGGGUGAUGGAUCCCAUGGAAGUGCAGCCUCCUGCAGCCACUGCUCAGUCACUUAUCAUUCCUGUAAAUAGAAAAGCUUUCCAUUUUAUUCUUAGCAGAUGUCUUCUCUGAAAUAAAGUUUAUUUAGACCAACAGUCUGCAAUAGCCAAAGAAAUUUUUAUGAGAAUAGAGACAUUUUUUGCAGCUUUUGCUUAAGUAAUAAGUGCAGAAAGAAGCCUAAAAAUCUACCCCAGAUAUUCUUUAGAAAUAAAAUCACAUUGGUGUAGAAAACCAGGGAACAAGAUAUAAUAAUGCUUGCCCCCUCCUGCCCUAUGGCUUAUAUGAGAUGUGAACUUGUGUUUAUUUUUUGCUUCCAUCUUUGUACCCUCAUCCCUGCAACUAGAGGCAAUAACUGACCAUUGUCAGCAAUGUCACAUUUGAAAGCGAUUCCUUUUGCUGAUGGCAAUUGUAUUUUUGGAAGUAUUUGUGUUCACCUAUAUGAACCUUGUUUAGUGCAUUUUUUUAAGACUGUAAAAUCUGUUCAGUUCUGAAAUGGUCAUGUUAAUCUCUAGCCGCUGUAUCCUGAAUGGACUGUCCCAGGCUCUUUUAUCUGACAUUGACUGUACAAGCAUUCAGGUCUUAAAGUUUCUGCUGAAAACAAAUCUUGUAGUUUAUUUAACAGUAUUACGUGACCUCUUUUUUUAUUAUUAUUAUUUCAUUUUUAACUUUAUUUGUGAAUAGUGAUUGUGGAACAUGUGGGGUUGUUUCAAUAAUAUAAUCGAUAACAUUAAAUUGGGAUUUUCUAUUUUGUUAGAGCAAGCAGGUUCGCGUGAAAUAGCGCUGAAUAUUGGACCACUACUACUUUUGGAGAAUUGUAAAUGGGGAUUUAAUUUAAAGCAUCAGACUCUGUAGACUUUAACAAACUGCUGUUUAUUUUUAACUGACAAGCCUCUUAUUAAUAUUGUACUUUUUGGAAGUAUAAAUAUUAUGUGAAAUGCUAUAGUCUUGUUCUGAAGUUUCUCAUGAAAUGUUUUUUUUCUUUAUUGUAAGGCACUUUUUUUCCCACCAGAACUUUCUGUACAUCAAAGGAACAGAGGAUUUAAUUAUCUGGGUUUUGUUGCUUUUUUUUUUGUUUGUUUUUCUCUGCCUGGUGCUGAUUUCUAAAGGUGUUUUAUAAAAUUGUCUAGGGGAAAAAAUAAAAUGUUGCUUAAAAUUUGAA